GGAAGAGGACCUGUGCCUCUGUUUUCUGCCCUGCCAGCAGUGACCCCUGUCUUCUGCCCUGCCAGCAGUGACCCCUGCCUUCUGCCCUGCCAGCAGUGACCCCUGUCUUCUGCCCUGCCAGCACAGUUGACCCCUGUCUUCUGCCCUGCCAGCAGUGACCCCUGUCUUCUGCCCUGCCAGCAGGAAUGUGUUCAGUCAGCUGCCAUUGCAGGGGUCACUGCUGGCAGGGCAGAAGACAGGGGUCACUGCUGGCAGGGCAGAAGACAGGGGUCACUGCUAGCAGGGCAAAGGACAGGGGUCACUGCUGGCAGGGCAGAAGAGAGGGG